GUGCUUUUACGUAACCCGGAAAAUUUAAAACACAACGAUAUUAAUAUGUGAAUCCUGAGUAAACUUGAGCCCUUCUUUAAUCAAAGCAAUGUUUAUCUUAACAUUUUUCAGAGAUCCUCUGUGGAGGUUGGGUUUACUUAAUAACUGUACCAGACGAGAAAUCAGUACAAGGUUUUAUUGUGAUUAUAAGAUUUUUCCUGUUGAUUACCAGGUUUGCUACAAAGUCCUUGGAUUAAAUGAAAACUGCAGCCAGAAAGAACUUAAGCAAGCUUUUGUGGAAUUGGUAAAGAAACACCAUCCUGACAGCAGUCAAGAAGUUGACACUGCUAAAUUCCAGUUGAUUGAAAACGCAUACAGAAAGCUCCAGGAAAAGUUUAGGAUUGACACAGAAAAAUCAGCAUUGAUGAGAGCAAAGGAAGAUGAUCAGGACAUCAGGAACAACCAUCAAAACUCAGAGCAGAGUUGUGAACAUGAUAUUGAACAUACAGCUCCUCAGCACAGACAAUUUCUAAAUUAUGAAGGCAUUGGGCAGGGUACACCUUUUCAAAGAGAAAAGCAGUACCAAAAAUAUCAGGUGAAAAAGGCAGUUGAAAAUGUGUACAAUCAUCGGACUUCGCAAAUUCCAAACACAGAAGAGAAUUCACUUGUUCUAAAAGACACCAAAGCAGCAAAGAAAUCGAAAAUCAAGCAUGGAAUCGAUCGAUUAGUUGAAGAUUUAAUUCAAGAAUCCAUCGCAAAAGGAGAAUUCGCUAAUUUGAGAGGAACUGGCAAACCUCUCGAAACACAAAACCAUAACCCCUAUAUUGAUGUUGUAACGCACAAAAUUAAUCAGAUAUUAAUUGAAAACGGAUUCUCUCCUCAAUGGGUUAUGUUGGAAAAGGAAAUUCGAUUGGAAAUAACUAAUAUAAAACAAAGACUACGAAAUGAAAGAUUAAAACUGGGGGAAAUCCCUUUGAGCGGAAGCGAAAGGCUUCUAUGGAGCAAGGUUCUGAACUCGCUAAAUGACGACGUAAAACAAGUCAACAAGAAAAUUAACGAUUAUAAUUUAAUCGUGCCGCUUCUAAAUAAGCAAAUGGUGCAUAUAAAUCUGUCUAAAAUAUCUGAAAAUUGUCUAAGAGAUAACCCCUCGAAUUCAACGAUGGAACAUGCAAGCAUUAAACAAGAGCAUCGCCGUCAAGAUCACUCCACUGGGAGUACCGAUUUUGAACCUGGCAUAUCUGGUUUAUUGAAUUUAGUGUGGAAAAAUCGCUCAUAAGGACAGUCUAGAAGGCAAAUUGUAUAUCUAUUAAAUUUUAUUUUUCGAAAAUGAUAAUCCCAAAGCAUGUUAAAGGACGAUAAUCCUAGAUUCCCUGAAAUACACGAUUAUUAGAAUACAA